AAGGCUCAGCAAAGGCUUUUUGUCAUGAAGAGCUUUGGGAAGGGAACAAAAACACUUGGGAACUUCUACCACUGCACUAUUGAAAGUAUCACAGUAGACUUACCAACAUUGCAAACUCCUCCAGAUGAAUGUGUGUACAGAUUCUAAAAUCAUUGGAGCUAAUCUUCCACAGCUUCAUAACAAUUACUCAACCAGAUGUCUGACUUGAGUUGAAUCCAUCAUCCCUGAUGACAGACCACCCAGCUCAUCCAACGCUUUUAAUUCUGCCUACUGGAAAGAGCUACUGGAGCCUAACCACUCAUUCUACCUGCUUCAGGGACAAAUUCUUCCCCCAGGCCAUAAGGUUACUGAGCUCCCAGUAACCUGAUCCUACCGGCUCUGCACUGGGUCUCAGGAGGGAUUAUGUAAAGUCUUAAGAAGGGAUAAGCUUGCAGUCAAGUGUUGAACCUGAGAGGAUUCACAUCACUGUGCCAGCACUGACGACUCACUCACUCCAACAGGAAUUAAUGGAGUCCACGUGCAUCACCAUCAGGCAUGGAGAAAACAAACAGUUCCAUGCUAACACAGACUGCCGUCUCAUUGUGUUUCUGAACUUCUUGAAAGACAAGCUUGACCUCCCCAGAAAAGAGCUGAUUGACUUGUGUGAUGAGUCUGGAAAUCUCAUGUUGAUCUUCCUGUGCAAGAACCAGAUGGAGAACACAAAACAUCUAGUGCCAGGACGGUGCACCUUCAUCGUCUGCCGAAUUGCAAAAGAGGAGAACGAGAGUUUGUACAACAUAAUCGUUCCAGUCAUUGACAAUCCUGGACCAGAUCUUCUAGAUUUGCUGCAGAUGAAUUUGGGAAAAGCCCAGCAGGAUCAGCAACAGUGUCAGCCUCAUGUUCAGAAAGAGAAGCAGGUUAAAGGCAGACCAAAGAAAAGUGAACAUGCUUCACUUGAGCCACAACCAAAACCAACCAAAGGAAAGUCAAAAGCAGAUAAACGCUAACAAUGUGCCAAGCCAAAGGAAUCUUAAACAUCGGUACAGAGAAUGGAAAACUGAAGUAUGCAUUUAAUGAAAUAACUUGGAUUGAAUAUCACAAGCGCCUGUGAGGAUAAAGUACAAGAUAAGCACUCACUGAGCCAUGUGUAAUUUGGCAGGAAGCAAGAUGACUAACUGACCUCACACUUGAACACUGCAGCAAGCUGGGGUUGAUGACACUAGAGCCCCAGCAAAAGAGAGUUUUUCAAUCAUUAUACAGACCAGGGGCCUCAUG